AUGGCUCCUGGCUCAGCUGUGAGCGUGAGGCCCUGCGGCCGACCCCAUCCAGGCCAGACUCCAGGGCGGCGGCUACGGCAGCACGAGCAUCUCCCGGAGGCUGGGACUGCCGCCGCCCUAGGGCGCCCCAGCAACCCCUUGCCCCGUGGCCUCUGCCUUCUCCUCCGAGCGGUGACGCCCCCAGUCCUGCUUCUGGAGCAGGAGCACAGACCUUGCCUGGAGCCACGCGCAGGCCUCACACUCCCUGUGGCCUGGCAUGUGGCCCUGGGUUCACUCUGUGUCCUCUGGCAGCUGUCCCUUGACAAGGAGCUCAUCGACUUCGGCAGCUACGUGGUGGGAGAGACCACGUCUCGGACCAUCACGCUGACCAACGUCGGGGGCUUGGGCACGAGUUUCAAGAUCCUGCCAGCUUCAGAGCCCUGCGAGGUGGACAACUCCCAUUCCAUCCUGAAAUUAAGCAGCCUCCUGAUCUACGAGGAGAAAAGUGUGUACGACAAAGCCGCCACCAGCAUCUCUGAGCAGCCGCUGGAGGGCAACGAGUUCUCCCAGGUGGACCUGCAGAGCCGGAGGGCGGCGGAGAAGCUGGACCAGUUGCAGGGGGAGGCAGAGCCCGAAGAAGCAGAGAGAUUAACCACGACAAUACCGCCCAGCGAAGAACAGACGGAGAUAACACUGGGGGAGAUAACACAGGGGGACAUUGGCCCCUUCAGCUCCAUCAGGGUGCCCAUCAUCUUCACCCCAAUGGUCCCAGGAGACAUCCAAGCCAGGUUCAAGGUCACGUUUAAGAACCACCAGUGCCCAACGCUGCAUUUUAGGGUCAUGGGCAUGGCCAUCGAUGUGCCAGUCUGGGUGUCAAGGCCCAGCGUGGACCUAAAGAUCUGCAUGUAUGACCGGCUCUACCAGGACUCUGUACUCGUGCACACGCGAUCGAAAGCUGCUCUGCGCCUGAGGUUCGAGGUGUGCACGGAGCUGAGGGCCCACCUGGAGCUCCUCCCUGAGACGGGCUACAUCCAAGCACAGUCCUCCUACUCCGUGCAGCUCAAGUUCCUGCCCCGGUAG